AUGUAUGACAGUUCAUUAAGAUCGGGCUCGGAAGUCUGCUUCAACGGGGGGAAAAUGGCGGGGGCUUUAAAAGAUUUCAUGAUUUCUAGCGAUUCAUCAACUAAUAGUAGACUGCGUAGAUUUGAGUCCAAUUUGCAGCAUAUAUUUGAUAAGUAUGAGAACAUUGAUGAAGAUGGAGACGAAACAGAAGUAAACUUGUGUGAUCUUUCGGUGCACAGAGGUCGAAAACAACUUUUUCGAAGAAAAACGAAGGGAUUUGGACACAGCAAGCUGAGGAGUACUCCAAGGGAGGGCGACAUACAAUCAAGUGGACAAGGCUGGAGUAGACCAAGGGAGGGCGACAUACAAUCAAGUGGACAAGACUGGAGUAGACCAAGGGAGGGCGACAUACAAUCAAGUGGACAAGGCUGGAGUAGACCAAGGGAGGGCGACAUACAAUCAAGUGGACAAGACUGGAGUAGACCAAGGGAGGGCGACAUACAAUCAAGUGGACAAGGCUGGAGUAGACCAAGGGAGGGCGACAUACAAUCAAGUGGACAAGGCUGGAGUAGACCAACGGAGGGCGACAUACAAUCAAGUGGUCAUGGCUUUAGUGGACCAAGGGAGGCCAACAUGGGAUCAAGAGGCCAUGGUUGGAAUGCACCAAGGCAAUACGACAUAGAAUCAAGAGGCCAUGGCAGUAGACCCAGAGAGGGAAACAUGGAAUCAAAAGAUGAUAAUUGGACUAGACCAAGGGAGGGCAACAUGGCAUCAAGAGGCUGGAAUGCAGGAAGGCAUGGUGACAUAGAAUCAAGAGGUCAGAAAAUUGUAAACCACCACUGCCUCCAACACAAUCAACAAAGAGAAGUGUUUCAGCAACAGCCAACAGAUCUUCAGGCACCAGACCACUAUGGUUCAUCUAAGCUGAAGGACCCCUGGGAUUCCCACCUGUACCUUGAAUCUCAUUCAUCAAAUGGUGAACCCUAUGGUAUGGGAUCCAGGUUUAAUACUGGGGAGGAUCGUAGAGAGGUGGAUCCUUUUCCUGAUGACAUUUCAAGAAUACAGUGUCUCAAUGAGACUUACAAGGAUGUUCUCUCACUGUUUGGGCCUGAUGUGGAGGAGGAGAUCAGUGAUGCAGAAACUCUUAUGACGACUUCGGAGAGCGAGGACAGUUCAGACGAGGACAAUGAGGGCGUGUCUGAAUCUCUGAGUUCCUCAGAGGAAUCUGAGGAUGAAUGGAUGUACAAGUCCAAAGAGGGAAAGAAGAAUUCUCACGGCCGCAUUCAGGAAAGCCCCAGAAUGGAAUCUUAUUUUGCUUCUUCAGAAGACAGCUCUGGUUAUCACAGCUCAGAUAUUCCCUCUUUUGUGAAUGAUAGAAACCGAAUCCACAAACAGUAUCGCUGUCAGGAACCCAUGGUAAAUUUCCGACAAGUCAAGUCCUACUUAAUGUCUGGGGAUUCAGAGCUAGUUAGAGUCAAACGUCUGGACUACAGAUAUCAGAUCCAGGAUCUGCACCAAACUGAUGGGAAAAGGAACACUGUGCAGUCCAAAAGUAAGAACAGACUUGUAGCUGAGCAAGACUCGAUCCAGAGAAGAGCAAAUGGAUACAUCGAGGACAAAGACAAGCCACGGCGUGGUGUAAAUACACAGAAAUGUCCCGGAACAUUAACAGGAGACGUCACUUCUGUAAAAACACGACAGUUAAGCAGAAGUAAAUCACUGAACAUUGACGAAUAUGAAACAUUCAGAGAUUUGCCUCGAAUCACCAAUGCAUUCUCAGAAUAUCCCAACAUUCAAGAACUCAAAGAAGGAAAUCCACAGUUAUACAAACAGCCAAUGUCCUCAUUUGAGAAAGUUACCAAAUGGAUCAUGCCUCCAGAAUAUGUGAAUGAUACAGAAACCAACAGAUCUUCAUUUGAUGGAUUUAGAGGACGAAAUGGAACUCGACAGACAUUUACCUGCCUACCGUCUCAUAGGACACCCUCAUCCAGACAUCCACCUUCACACAGUACACCUGGGACACCCUCAUCCAGACAUCCACCUUCACACACCACACCUGGAACACCCUCAUCCAGACAUCCACCUUCACACACCACACCUGUGGCUAAAACAACCACUGAUGUAUUAGCAAGGUCACCCAGACAUUCUACUGUCUUUUCGUCUCCAAAAGCUCAAAGCUACCCAUCAUCUCCACAGACUGUGAGAGGGAAUGUCAGUAAUUCACCAUCGUCUUCGCUGGCCAGACUUCAUUUGUUGUCACCAAGAUCAUCCCCAAGAGCCCUUGGUGUGUGUCACAAAAAGUCGGAUUUUGAAAAUGAUUCAUUUUGUCAAAGUGUCCCACCGAUGUUCAAGGUUCCGGAUGCUUUUCCGUAUCAGAAAUCACCGUCAACGAGAGACAGAGUGUGGAGGAGUUGUAAUGUUGAAGAAAACCAGAGAGGGGGGAAAGGACAUCUCAGAUCCAGUUCUUUUGACAGCUUGUCAAGUGAUAGAAUAUGCUCCUCCUCAAGGUCCGUGAAUGAGCAUGCAACAUACACCAGAAAAAAAGAAGACAUGCAAAGAAUAGAAUCAGAGAAUGUGGUGAGCGCACAUUCCUUCGCGAGGUGUCAGGGAGAUGGAGUGGAUGGCGGCGUGCUCAACGUGAAUAGACAGGAUUGGAGAUCCAACAGUCGUAGUCGAUGCUGUCACGAGAAUCCGCAACCCGGGUCGCUUCAGUCCGUCAAGAGAUGGAGACCUAAAUUUAUCGGGAGCUUGUUUCCAGUAGACAGACAGAAUCUGAACGAAAGUACAUAUUUUCAAAAGUCAUGUACGGAUGAAAAAGACAGUGAUGAAGAAGAAAUUCUCCUGAUAUAAGAAAUCUUUAUCAUAUUUGUAUUAAACCUUUACUUUUGGUAUCAGUUUAAUAGCUAAAUUUAGAUCUCUAAAAUGCAAUGUAAAGAAUUUCAAAUUUCAUUUACCAAUUCUUGCAUAUUAGAUUCAGAAAUAUUUAAAAAAAAAAAAAAAAUCAAAUUACCUUUUGAAAUUUUUAAAAUGAAAUUAUGAUACACUGUACAAUGUAUUAGUGAAUCCAUAUUAUGUAUGUAUGUCUGUUCUUCAUCUAAACUAUUCACAUUUAAAAUUAGAUUAGAUUAGAUGAAGAACGUAUUAUAUAUUUCAGAUAUGGUGAUUUCUAAUAAGGAAUUCUUCAAGAUUUCUUGAACUCCUUAUUUUACAAUAAAGAAUUUUAAAAGUAAAUGUCGUCACUUACAUGUAUUUAGUAUUCACAGCACAAUUAAGGAAGAGUGGCCGAGGCUUCGUAGUCAGUGAAGUCUUUAAACUUUUAAAAAUGAGCAUCUAAAAUUUAUUUUAAAAGCAUCAACAAAAUGUGGACUGGUAGCUUUACAAUUCUAAACUCAAAACCUACAAAUGUAUUUUGUUAGGAACAGUUUUUGGAAUUGCAGGCAGAUUUACAACCAAAAUCUGCUCGAUUUAAAAAUUGAUAUUGCACAUUCUAGACAUUUUAUUUUAAAUAAGGCUAUGAUACUAUCAAGCAUGCUAAGUGAGUGCAUUUGUAGUAAUGGAAAUUCUGUAUGUAGGUAAGUUUAACAAUAAAUUCCACUCAAAAAUUUUAAUUCACAAUCUGUUUAAAUAAUUUUGAUAUCGACCCCCCUAUAUGUAAUGGUGUUUUUUAGAUUUCAGGAUAGGACAAUGAAAAAUUUCUUCAAUUUCAAAAUGUCAUUGUUCUGGCAUUUUUUAUAAAAUAAAAAAGAUCUCAAACAUUUGAAGUUCUGAAAGAAUUUAGUUGAAAAGCAUAUUAUUCUGCUUUGAUUUGCGGGGGGUUGUUGUCAAAUUUCACAAUUUGAAAAGGAAUAUUUUGAAAAGCUCAAUUGAAUGGAAGUGCAAAAUGUUUUCUAAUUCAUCAUAGAUGUGCAUACCUUGGAGGAAAAAUUAUUUAUUUUCUGUUGAAUAAAUUAAAUCCCUGCAA